UUGACGCAGCAAGCUAACCGCUUCUCACUAUGAAACCUCCUCAUUUGUAUCCAAACUAAACCAUUAAUCCACACCGACUCCGCCUCGAUCACUUAAACAGAGCCCAUAACGCCUAAAUAGACAGAUUAGAGGUGUUUGUAACGUUUAAAAGAGGUUUAAACAUGUCAAUUGAUUACGAGGAACAGCUAGCCGGAAGCCUGGUUGACUCUUUCCCGAAAGAUUUCGGCUAUGGCGUGGAAAACAUGGACAUGAUGCAGGAAAACCUGGAGAAUUCUCCCUCUGCUGACAAUAAACCAAGAAUACUGCUCAUGGGACUGAGGCGCAGUGGAAAAUCUUCAAUACAGAAGGUGGUGUUUCAUAAAAUGUCUCCCAACGAGACAUUGUUUCUGGAGAGCACCAACAAGAUCCACAAGGACGACAUCUCCAGCAGUUCCUUUGUGAACUUUCACAUAUGGGACUUUCCGGGGCAGGUGGAUUUUUUCGACCCAACCUUCGAUUACGAGAUGAUUUUCAGGGGCACUGGUGCAUUGAUAUUUGUCAUUGAUGCUCAGGAUGACUAUGUAGAGGCAUUAGGGCGGCUUCAUCUGACAGUGUCACGGGCGUUCAGGGUGAAUCCAGAGAUCAAUUUUGAGGUGUUUAUACACAAAGUGGAUGGUUUAUCGGAUGAUCAUAAGAUAGAGACGCAGAGAGACAUUCAUCAGAGAGCUAAUGAUGAUCUAGCCGACGCCAGCUUGGAAAAGCUUCACCUCAGUUUCUAUCUCACUAGCAUCUAUGACCACUCUAUUUUUGAGGCCUUCAGUAAGGUGGUCCAAAAGCUCAUCCCUCAACUGCCCACACUGGAAAACCUCCUCAACAUCUUUAUUUCUAAUUCCGGAAUUGAGAAAGCGUUCCUGUUCGAUGUGGUGAGUAAGAUCUACAUCGCCACAGACAGCUCACCGGUGGACAUGCAAUCGUAUGAGCUGUGCUGUGACAUGAUCGAUGUCGUUAUUGAUGUCUCGUGUAUUUAUGGCCUGAAAGAGGACAGCAACGCUUACGAUAAGGAGUCUCUGGCUAUUAUAAAGCUGAAUAACACCACAGUGCUUUACCUGAAGGAGGUCACCAAGUUCCUGGCACUGGUCUGUAUCCUGAGAGAGGAGAGCUUCGAGAGAAAAGGUUUGAUAGACUACAACUUCCACUGCUUUCGGAAGGCCAUCAAUGAGGUAUUUGAGGUGAGCAGCUCCUCCCAGAGGAUGGGAGCAGCGGUGCAGUCCAGCCCCCCUAGCUGCAGCGGCAACGGUCUGAGCCGGCUCAAAUCUGCAGCUCUAAAUGGUACAGCCAGAAGUCUGGUUUAACCCAGGACUCACGGACCUCAAAGAGCACAGGGCCUUCACACUAGUGUGCUGAGUUUGCACUGACGUACACAUGAGAUUACUGGAGUGUUUCUUGAGUUAUACCUGCUGUUCCAGGUGCACAGAGACUCAACAGAAGACUCUCAGAACUAUAUUGCUGCUUUUUUAUGAAACUAUGAUGUGUGCGUGCGCGCGCGUGUGUGUGUGUGUGUGUAUGCCAACACAGUAUCCGCUAUUAUGAAGAGGGGAUAUGGAAAAUGUGUGCAAUUUAGCCAACACACAAUAAAAGAACACGUAUGUCCAUUCACCCAAAGCAAAAAAUGUAGUUUGCUGCCUACUUAGACCAUUUUUGGCAUCAUAAUGUGCCUGUUCUGUGUCUAGGUAGCUCACUAAGUUUUGAGAAAGCCCACGUUUCAGGGGUUUGAGGAUAAAUCUUGUGAAAACAAGACCCGGUCACAUUUCACUUCUUAAAAAAAAAUAUGAAUUUAGAUUUUGCAUAAAGGGAAUAUAAUUAUGAUGUGUUUUUCACAGGUCUGUUAACCCUGUUUCACACAAUGUUGUCGCAGAAUUCCCGGGCCACCCUGUCUUUGGUGUUGGCCUGAUAUGUGAUGGGGUUGGCUGCCACUGUUAUUUACUCAUGAGGAUUUUAGAGGGAAAAUAAAGGGAGAAAAGACUGAAGACACACUUCAAAUUAGUUUAGUAAGUCACUCUGUGAAUUGAAUCAUGUAUAGAGACUUUCUAGUUAUGGAAUGUAACAUUUGUUCUUUUCAGUUAACUGGCCAUCCCAGAUAAGAAUUAUGCACUGUAAUUUUCCAUAUAAUGGUGUUCUGCUAUACUGAUAUGCAUGCAGAAAACAGAAUGACACUGAUUUGUUUGUUGAACAUAGGAUAAAGGUAUUAUGUUUGCAUAUGUUAAGUCCCAGGGUCCAAAAUUAUGUGUGUGUGUGUGAGAGAGAGUGAAUUAAAUUGAGUGUGUGUGUGUGUGAGAGAGAGUGAGUGUGAAUGAAAUUGAGUGAGUGUGAGAGAGUGAAUGAAAUUGAGUGUGUGUGUGUGUGAGAGAGAGAGAGAGAGAGAGAGAGUGAAUGAAAUUGAGUGAGUGUGUGAGAGAGAGAGAGAGAGUGUGAAUGAAAUUGAGUGUGUGUGUGUGUGUGUGUGUGUGUGUGUGUGUCUUUGAGAGAGAGAGAGAAUGUGUGUGUGUCAGAGAGAGAGAGAGAUUGUGAGAGAUGUACUCCUCAGUUUCUGGUUCACUUGUGUGUGUGUGUGUGUGAGAGAGAGAGAGAGAGAAAGUGUGUGUGUGUGUGUGUGUGUCAGAGAGAGAGAGAUUGUGAGAGAUAGAUGUACUCUCCUCAGUUUCUGGUUCACUCGUGUGUGUGUGUGUGUGAGAGAGAGUGUGAGUGAGAAUUGUUUACUUAUGGUAUAUUUUGUCUCGGAGCACGCGAAUACAUUAAAGCUAUAUUCAUUUGAGUCUGUUGCUUUCAUUGUUUAUGGACAAGUGGAGUUGUUGUUCUUGUGUUACCACUAGAUGUCGCUGUUGGUCAGGAGUACUGUAAGCCUAUUUUACGGUAUAUUUAUUAUUUAUCGCAUUACAGUAAGACUUUGGGGAAAUUAGUUUUAUAAAAUGUCAGCAAUAUGAUGAAAAACACAAAUGUUUACCAAAUAGUCUCAUUUAUUAGUGAUAAUAAUAUAUAUAGACACAUACAGACACACACAGUGCAAAUCUGUUAUAUACAGUCCAAGGGAAUGUAAUGGCAGAAGAGGUUGGGUAUGUUGGAUAAAUAUAAUAAGCUGUGUAUUGCACAUUAAUUAUUGUUCAUGAGAUGGAUAGCCUGAGGGAAAAAACUGUUCCUGUGUCUGACUGUUCUGGUGCUCAGAGCUCUGUAGCGUCGGCCAGAAGGCAACAGUUCAGAAAGGUAAUGGCAGGGUAAAUGGGGUCCAGAGUGAUUUUUGCAGCCCUUUCCUUACUCUGGAAGUGUACUGUUCUUGAAGGGAGGGCAGGGGGCAACCAAUAAUCCUCUCGACAGUCCAAACUUUCCUUUGUAGUCUUCUGAUAUCUGAUUUC